AGUCUCGGCAGUCUCUUUGACCACCACGACGGGAGUACUUACUCAGUACUCAUUAUUAUUACACAGUAUUUCUUCUUUCUUUUACGUACUUUUGUCCUCACUCGCUUUACUUCCCCCGGAGCCAAGUCGGGUGGCACAGCCUGUGUACAUCCUCAUUCCAGUCACCGUGCUCUUCCCACGCAGCUCCCGUUUCCUUUGUUUGACCCGGUCGUCGCUCGCCAUUAGGAAGAGGAGUUCAGUCAACGACUACUUCCCGACAAAUCCCUGUACUCUCCACCGACGCCAAUACCAUCAGAAGCACCGGGGGAUGAAAAUCGCAACGCUGCAGUUUGCCCCUCGUCUGGGUGAGAUCGAGGCGAACAUCCAAAGAGCCAAUGAAUUGCUCCAGAAUGGGAAAGUGGUGCAAGGCGUUGGCAUUGGGGUAGGACUAGAUCUCCUCAAGCCGGAUGUUUUGGUUUUGCCCGAGUUGGCCUUGACGGGAUACAAUUUCCCGUCGCUGGAGGCUAUCAGACCCUUCCUGGAGCCUGUCGGACAAGGCCCUUCGGCUCACUGGGCUCGACAAACAGCUAGACGCCUCCGGUGCAAAGUCUGUGUGGGAUACCCGGAAAUCCACAGAGCAAACAAGGCCCCGGAAGGUGACCCAAGUAACCCCGGGGAAACUUGUUACAACUCCCUUCUGAUGGUGGAUGAGGGCGGUGAGAUCAUCCUGAACUACCGUAAAUCGUUUCUCUAUUAUACGGAUGAAACCUGGGCAGCCGAAGGCAACCCAGAGCAGGGUUUCCAUCAGCUCACGUUCCGGAACUUAAACCAAAGCUCUUUGGAGUCGCAAAUAGCCACCUCUUUCGGCAUCUGUAUGGACAUCAAUCCAUACCGGUUCGAGACCCCCUUUACCGCAUGGGAAUUUGCUAAUCGAGUGUUGGAUACGAAGUCGGAGCUGGUCAUACUUUCGAUGGCAUGGAUGCCAUCGGUGAGCCGGGAGGAGCUGGGCUCUCUUGCUGACAAGCCGGAUCUGGACACGUUCAACUACUGGAUCCAGCGACUGGUGCCGCUUAUUCGCAAGAAAAUGAGCCAUGAAGUCAACUUUGAUGGCGACGAUUCCGAUCAUGGCAAGAAGAUCGUUAUCGUGUUCGCCAACAGAGCUGGCGAGGAACCGGGUGCUGAAGGAGCAAGCCCAGCUCGAUAUGCGGGUACCAGUGCGAUCGUAGCGAUCACACAAAAACCGCGCACCCGUACAGUAGGCAGGGAACUUUCGCCCCGUGAUGACGAGUCUGGCGAUGACUCCGAAGGAAGCGAGACGGAGACAGCGCCGUUUGAUGUGAAAAUACUGUGCUGGGAUCUGAUGGGCGCAACGACGGAAGGUAUUUGUUUUGCCGACACCACGACAGACCCCAGCAUGGUGUUUGGGCUGGUCAAAGCUUCGAAAUGACAUUCAACUGGCCAUGAGGCGAAAGCCACCUCGGAACUGGUGGGUUGCAGUGGUGCUCUUCUGCCUAUUUCGAUUCGAGA